GAGCGCACCAUCCAACCGGGUUGUGUCGCUAAGGGGAAGACAGACUACUUGUGGAGAAGCAACAGAUCCUCAGCUGGAAAACAACCCCACAUCUGGCAUGCGAGCUGAGCGUUUCCAUUGGGAAGAGCCGCUGAAAUAUUUCAGUGCACAAUUAAAUGCGCGACAGGAUCAUUCUCAGGCGUUUUCGUCUUGUAUGGAGAAAAGAAAAGUUAUCAGGAACAGUUGUGGAUUUUGACGUUGCGACAUUUGGAUAUGAGCUUUCAAAAAUGUUUGAGAAGUGAUACAUAUUAGCCUACUUCGGGCUUAAUGGGUCAUCCUAUAGGCGCGUACUACUGUGCGUAAUUAGCUUGUGUUCAUGGACGGGGAAUAAGUGCAGCAUCUGGAGGGACCAAUUUAAGUCACAUUGUGCAGUCUGUUCGACAAUAACAAUUAAAAAACACACCUAGCAUGACCACUUGCGUUUUGUCGCGGCACCAGAUUGUGUUUUCUAACAGGUGGUUUUAACUGAGCGUUACUUUGACGCUGUCUGGACUAACCCAUUAUUUUUUGGAAAAUUGAGCCACACACGGACCAUUGGAAAAACUGGGGUGUGAAAUGACGAUGCAUUUUGCGUAGUUUUAUUUUUAUUUUUAUUGGAAACAGUUUGUAACGGAGGGGCGAACAGCCAGAAGGUCACUGCUUCUAAAUGAUAAGCUCGGUGUGUGUUUCCUCUUACCGAGGGCGCAAGUCAGGCAAUAAACCUCCGUCUAAAUCAUGUCUGAAAGAGGAGAUGUCCAGAGUGGAAGACUCGGACAAAAUUAUCAUCAACGUGGGCGGUACUCGACAUGAAACCUACAAGACCACCCUCAGGACCCUGCCUGGGACCCGCCUGGCAUGGCUGGUAGACACGGACACGCAGGUCAGCUCCGACUCAGACGCUGCCAGUGCCACCGAGUUCUUCUUCGACAGACACCCCUUCGCCUACGUGCUCAACUAUUACCGGACCGGCAAGCUGCACUGCCCGGCCGACGUGUGCGGGCCACUUUUCGAGGAUGAGCUGGCAUUUUGGGGGAUUGACGAGACCGACGUGGAGCCGUGCUGCUGGAUGACCUACCGACAGCACCGGGACGCAGAGGAGGCCCUGGAGAUAUUUGAACCGCCGGACCCGGAGGACACCGACGACGACAGAGAGAUGCCAAGGCGGUUCGGCAUCGAGGACUGUCCCGACAGGUCGAGGGGCUGCUGGGAAGUUUGGCAGCCGAAGAUCUGGGCUCUGUUUGACGACCCGUACUCGUCCAAAGCAGCCAAGGGAGUUGCAUUCGCCUCUCUAUUAUUCAUCCUGGUGUCCAUCACCACUUUCUGCCUCGAGACCCAUCAGGCCUUCAACGAACUGCAGAACCGGACAGAGACAGUUGUUGAGGGCAAUGUCACACGGGAAGUGACGAGGACAGAGAUGGUGACCAAGCCCAUCCUGACACUGGUGGAGGGGAUCUGUGUGAUCUGGUUCACGUUUGAAUUCCUGGUGCGAAUCAUCUGCUGCCCAGACAAGGUGGUGUUCGUCAGGAACACACUCAACAUCAUCGACUUUGUGGCCAUUCUGCCAUUCUACCUAGAGAUGGGCCUCAGCGGCCUGUCAUCCAAAGCUGCCAGCGAUGUGCUGGGCUUCCUCCGAGUGGUGCGGUUUGUUCGGAUCCUUCGGAUCUUCAAGCUGACACGACACUUUGUAGGCCUGCGUGUGCUGGGCCACACGCUGAAAGCCAGUGUCAAUGAAUUCCUCCUGCUCAUCAUCUUCUUAGCACUGGGUGUACUUAUCUUUGCCACCAUGAUUUACUACGCUGAGCGCGUUGGAGCCAAGCCCAAUGACCCAACAGGUUUCAAUCACACACACUUUAAGAACAUCCCUAUCAGCUUCUGGUGGGCAGUGGUCACCAUGACAACACUGGGCUAUGGAGAUAUGUAUCCACAGACGUGGCUGGGCAUGAUGGUGGGGGCGCUUUGUGCACUGGCUGGGGUGCUAACAAUCGCCAUGCCAGUCCCAGUCAUUGUCAAUAACUUUGGGAUGUACUACUCACUGGCUAUGGCCAAACAGAAACUGCCAAAAAAGAAGAAGAAGCACAACCGGUAUCCAGAUGCUCCGACUGACUCGGCCUCAUUUGGGAAGUCAGAAACAAACUCACACAGAGACAGCACACAGAGUGACACAUGUCAGCAGGCACCGCUCUGCAAUGAAAUAUUAAAGGAUUCCAAGCCAAACGGUGAUGCAAAUGUGGCCCUUUCAGAGGAGGAAGGCUGCAGCCUGACCCAGCCACUGUCCCCCAAUGAAAAGUGGUCUCUACGGUGCACCCGAGGGCAAGACAAGACAAAAAAAGAGGCAGCCUGUUACCUCCUAACUUCUGGAGACCUCAGCGUCCAUGCUGAGAGCUGUAAAGACAUCCUCGCUGCUGCUGGAACGUACGCUCAGCCGGAGGUCACCACUCUGACCUGAUGUUGAUUGGCUACGAAGAGGAGAAACAGCAUGAACUUGCCUGGAGUACAUGCUGUGCAGAGCGUCAGUGUGGGUCCCUGCUUUCUUUUCCUUUUUGAAUGAACUACAGGCAGGAUUCUUUUUAUUCAGGACAAGAUCUUAUUUUUGUAUCAGUCAUACUUUUAACAUCCUGUGGUAGAAAAUCAUUUGCAUAGCAGUUUUACCAUAUUUACACUCAUUUACAUGUUACAAAGCAUUGUGCAUGUUUUGCAUGAUCGAGCUAUGUGAUGUACUGUAUGUAAGACACUGGCUAAUAAUAUUCUUAUCAUAUUUUCUCAAUUAGUUUUGUGUUAUGACCCCUGACUGUAAAAACAAUGGACAGGCAAGAGCUCCCAAAAGUGAAGCCACCACAAAUUGGUCGCCCCCUGGUGGUUGCUUGCAGUGUAAGUCAUAAGUCCUGCCUCCUCUAUGUUUAGCAGAUGGGAUAUAAGCAAAAACUCAAAGUACAAAUCAAAUACAUUUUUUUCAGAGGUCAUGUGGUUUUUGAUAGAUAUUAUCACACUGAUGUGUGUACAAGUGUUCUUUUUUGGUAUGUUUCUUUUCAAUAAGUUGUUUGAUGAUAUAAAAAGGUGUGUAUUUCAGCUGAUUUGAUGGCUUUGAUUGGCGACAGGUGACAAAUGCAAGGUUAAUCCAUUAUUGGGCCACCAUGUGCCAGAUCCAGAGGUGGAUGUGGCGCCAGUGGGAAAAUAUGAUACCACAUAUUUCCAUGCACCAAUCAGGACUGAGCAGUAUGUUUUUCAAUCUGAUCAAAACACACACAGCUGCUUUUUUGGGGGUUUUAAACUCUUAAUACAAUGUCUUCAAACUUAUUUGUUAUAGUUUAUUCAGUCAUGAAUAUUUAUCAUUGUUUUGAGGGGCUUUAAUCUUAAUUACUUCUGUUUUAACCAUGUGGCAACCACCUGUUUGCUCAUAAGAUAUUGCAUUUAUUACUGGUUUCUCAUUUCAUGUUUGCAGUAAUAUGUGCAGAAACAGUUUGAACUCUUUUUGGAGUUCAAAAACAUAAAACUUUGUCAUUUGGAUUCAUGUCUUAUGUCCAUAAAUGUUGUUAACUGUUUAGUAAGAACACACAAACAUGUGAAUAUGAGUUUGUAUAGCAAAACUGUUACUGUGAAAUGGGAUUAGAUGAAAACUUGAAAUCAUUUGUUCAGUUCUCAACAAAACAGACCUAGAGUUCUUUAUCGAUGAUCCAUUCUCUGCUUUCUGUUGUGCCACUGAUGACAAGGACAGCAUGCAAAUAUUUUGUCAAGACACAACGUGGCAUGAAUGCUGCUCGGGCAGUACAUUGUUUAUAAAUCCUUAUACAAGAAGAAAGUUUAACAAAAGGAAAAAAAAAAUCAAUGGAGCAGUAUUUUCUGUCUAUUACAUUCACUGUGUACAGUUGAUGCAUCAUUACUGGUUGAGUCAGGACCAAAUGUAGACUUUAUUAGAUUACAUGGUAGAUUUUCAGUACCAUUGCUAGUAAAAACAAAGCUAUACAGUACAAUGCCAUCAGUUCGACUUGUGCCUGGUGUUGAGUAAUGGAGCUUAAAUGUGUGCAGUAAUGUAAUUAGAUUACUUCCUUCACACGUCUGGUUGUGUCGGAUCUGUAGAAACCCUGUUACGUUUCCACAGAGAGAGAAGCACGAGGAGUGUGGUUUCUCUCACUUGUGACUCCUCAUGGUCUACCAUAGUGGCCUUAAUGUUUAAUAAACAAAGGGAAAGUUAAUUUCAUCUUCAUUAGAUGCUGUUUCUAUGCUGACCCAGAGGUCUGUAAUUAUGUAUAAGCACAGUUGUAGGUAUGUAGCACAGUACAAUAUUAUGGCUCAUUCCUUCUCUGUAUAUUCUUAUGCACCAUGAAAUAUUGUAACUGUUGACCAAUAUUGAAAGAUUAUUAUUUUGAUAAUUCACCUUUCUAGCCUCAUUUCCUGUAUCCUUGUUGUAUAUAGUCAAAUAUGAUGGAGAAGCACAUGUCUCCUUGUUAUGGACUGUACAGGUGACUGUGAUGGAUUUUAACCCAGUCAAACUAUCAGAUGUUUGUGUGUGUGCGAGUGUGUGUGAUGUUGUAUCUUCUCUGCAGAAAUACAAAUAAAAUCC